AACCUAUCUGUCAAACCUGUCACUAACACAGUGCAAAUUCAAAACGAGUCUGAAACCACAAAAACCAUGUAGUAAGCAGAACAAUUGUUUGGAGAAAAUGUGGUGAAGCCAAAUGAUUGGUAAGAGUCGCCGGGCCAAGAAAGGUGAAGCAUGCGUAUGUCCUACAGGGCAGACAUGCACGGCAUGCAAAAACAAGAAAGGUGUACGCGUGAAACCCAACAUAUAUGUCGAAAGAUCCAGCGACUUGCCCGUACCGAUAAGGAUCACAACGUACAAAUAUUCAACCCCCACCACUGUCCAGUUUUUACAAAAACAAAAAGUCCGGAGCCACUCCGAAAAAACAGAUCCUAUAGAAUCUACAAACCGAGGCACAAAACUCUGCCAGUGGUAUAGACGACGCAGGGCUCUAAGGGAACUUGAUAAACUCACGAGGCUUGAACGAAAGAGGCUCGAAUCUUUGCAGCUAGAGAAAGCACGCCGUAUAAGGGAAGCAGAAUUCUUGGAACUACUCGAGCAAAGAGAAAAGGAGAUACGUUACGCUGAACAACAGCUCCAAUUAACACCUAAGAUUGAUUACUCCGAAAAUAAGCUGAAGAAACAGAAAAAAUUGCCUAAAACCGCCAAUCUGGACAGCGUAGGAGUUUCUAGUUACCCAAACAAGCGUUUUAAGAGACGUCAGAAAAUUAAGUACACAGAAGCAAAGCCAGUUUUGACUUCCAGAAAGGUAGCCACAAAGCCAAUAAAAGAUAGGUAUGUCACAAGAUUCGAGCAGCGAGCAAAGCGGGCGUCGGCCAUUCGAUGGAUUUCUGAUCACCGGAGCGACGCUAGCCGACGAGCUUGACCUUCAGUUCUAUAGCCCCAAGGAUUCUUUCAAUGAAAGAUUCGGGAACUUCUGCUACCGCGUAUGCUGUCAGUGCUACUGCUGCGUCUCAUUCAUUAUCAUAAUUGGCAUUCUUUUCAUGUUCCUUUUCUAAACACUGACUAAUAAAAUAGCGGGGAACGUCCAUGUUUCAAUAAAAACAUUUCAACAU